UGACUAUUUGGUAGGGAGACACCACGAGCCUGCGUGAACACCAACCUGUUUGUUUCCUCUACAAUUCACUUGCUGAUCACGACCUACUGAGCUCACCACUUCUUUAAUACAGAGCAAUGCAUCAGAAAGCAGGAAUUUCAAAUCAAUCUGAAGCUUCAACCCUGUGAUCAGCUUGAGCAUGGAGAGGAAGGAGGCAUGGAGACUGGCCCUCGUCCUAUUCCUCGGGCAGCUCGUCUCAUUCUUCAUUGCGAUAGCUAGCUUCACUUCUUCUCUGAUAGCAGAGCUCGGGACUGAUACACCAUUAACGCAGUCGUGGUUCACUUACCUUUCUUUGUCUCUCGUGUAUGGAGCUGUUUUCUUGUUCAGGGGUCAGAGACUUAUGGUUCCUUGGUACUGGUACCUUGCCUUAGCCAUUGUCGAUGUUCAAGGCAACUACUUGAUAGUUAAAGCCUAUCAGUACACUUCAAUUACAAGCGUAACAUUGCUGGAUUGCUGGACUAUUCCAUGGGUCAUAAUCCUCACUUGGAUAGCCCUAGGGACAAGGUAUUCUCCAUGGCAAUUUGUGGGUGCUGCAGUGUGUGUGUUAGGCCUUGGCUUGGUGCUUCUUUCUGAUGUUGGCGUAUCUGGUGGAGGUGGAAGCAAACCGAUCAUUGGUGAUACAUUAGUGAUUGCAGGGACAGUUUGUUAUGCAUUCAGCAAUGUCGGCGAGGAAUUUUGUGUCAAGAGGAAAGACCGAGUCGAGUUAUUGGCAAUGCUAGGGAUAUUUGGGGUGCUAGUUGGUACCUGUGAGAUUGCUGUUUUAGAGAGGAAAGAUCUUGAAUCAGUCAAGUGGUCUGCCACAAUGAUAUGUUUAUUCGGUGGCUUUGCGGCCGCAACAUUUUUGUUCUACACUGUCGUUCCUUUUGUCAUGAAGAUGAGUGGAGCAACCUUGUUUAAUCUGUCUCUUCUCACAUCCGAUAUGUGGGCCGUCGCUAUUCGCGUCUUCUUUUACCAUGAUCAAGUGGAUUGGUUGUAUUUUCUUGCAUUUGGUUUGGUGGCUAUUGGCUUGAUCAUUUACUCAGUGAGAGAAUACAACACUGUAAAUGGAGGAGACCCUGAAGCUUUACAGUAUGAGAGAAUCCCACAAGAAAGUUCAGCAGUGAGUGGGCAACAUGAGACUUGUUCAGAAACAAAUACAGAGAGAGCUUGAACAAGAUGCAGAUGAAGGUCUAAGAAUCGAUUAAUGUGGUUGAUGACAGAAUCAAAUGCCAGAGAUGCGAAUUCUGAAGGCAAAAUGGAAAGGAAAAAAAAAACAAUCUUGAUUGGGAUUUUUUUUUUUCAAGAAUUAUUUAAAAAAUAAAUUAGUAUUUCUAAGAAUAAAUUGGUGUGGUUGAUGACAGAGUCAAAUGCCAGAGAUGCGAAUUCUGAAGGCAAAAUGGAAA